AUGAUCAUCUGUAACAAUAAUGUUAAUCAUUUUUGGAAAAAUAUAAAAAAGAAUAUAAGAUUAGAUGGUCGUACUUUUGAAGAUUCUAGAAAUGUUUGUAUAAAUUUUUUAAAGGAUUAUGGACAUGUAGAGAUAUCAAUUGGUUUUACAAAAGUUAUUUGUAAAAUAACAAGUGAAAUUGUAAAACCCCAUGAUAGGAAAUUAAAAGAAGGGAUAUUAAAAAUAAAUUUAGAUAUAGAUAAUUUUAUUGAAGAUAAUGAGAAUAGUGAUAAUAUGAGUGAUGAAUGUUUAGAAAUAAAAAAUAUUAUAGAUAGAGUAUUAAAAACAAGUAAUAUUAUAAAUUUUGAAUCAUUAUGUAUUAUUCCAGGUAAAAAAGUAUGGUGUAUAUGUAUAAAUAUUAUGGUAAUAGAAAAUGAUGGGAAUUUAACGGAUGCUUGUUAUUUAUCAGCUUAUUGUGGUUUAGUACAUUUUAAAAAUCAUCAAGUUAGAGUAAUAAAAAAUGGAGAUAUUAUAAUCGACAAAGAAGAGAUAAACUAUUCUCCUUUAUCAAUACUAAAUUCUCCAAUCGUAACUACCUUUGCUUAUUAUGAAGAACAUGACGUUUGUUUAAUUGAUCCUUGUUUACAUGAAGAAGAAUUUAUGUCUUCUAAAAUCUCUAUAGCAUUAAAUAAGAACGGUAAUUUAAUAAGUUUAUUAAAACCGGGUGGAAUACCAUUAGCUUGUUCACAUAUUAUGGAAUCUAUAGAAAUAGCCAAAAAAAGAAUACUUACUAUACUGAAAAUAUUAGAAGAUACUUUAGAAGAAGACAAAAAUAUAAGGAGUUAUCUAACAAAAAGAAAUCUGCAUGUUAAAUAUUCAUCAGCUCCUGUAACCAUUAGAUAUGAUAAUUCUUUUAAACUUAAACCAGAUAUCUCAUUAGAAAGGUAUACAAAAAAUACUCUAAUUUUUGAAGAUACUAUAAAAAAAAUUGAACAAUACAUACAAUAUAAUCAAGUCCAGGAAUGUUUAAAUAAUAUGAAUGUGAAACUUGAAGAAAAUGAUCAGGAGGAAAUAGAAACAUGUACUUUAAAAGGAGAAGGUAAUCUAAAUAAUCCGAAUUUUAUUGAUCCUAUGAGAAAUACUAAUUUAUUAAAUCCUACAGAUAUAACAAUAAUAAAAAGACAAGAAUUUGUGGAUAACCAUUAUGAUGCAAAUAAUAAUAAGUAUAACACACAAGCAAAUAAAACAUUCAAAAAAGAACUUAUUGAUUUUUCAAAUUUACUUACACAAAAUCAUAAGAAAAGUAAUAAUUUAUCUAAUAAUCAAAAAGAUAUUUCUGAGCAGCAUGAUAACUCACAAGAGUCAAGUGAUGAUGCAUCAACCAUAAGAAGUGACGAAUCUUCAGAUAUUGAUUUUUCCGUUGCAAUUAAUCAAAAUAUAAAAAAGAAAAAAUAA